UAUGGACUGUCUAAAGGAUCCUGCUAAUGAUAGAUUUGUAAAAACACUUAAGCCACCUCCUCAUCGUCCAUUGGCUAAAAAUUUAAUGUUUCCUGAUAAAUUAAAGAGUAUGAUCAUAAUGUAAAAUAAUUAGAUAAACCUGAUUGGAAGUUAUUAAAGGAUCAUCUUUAAAAAGAGGGAAGAAUUGCAAAAGAGGAAUUAUUCAAAUUGGUAGCAGAUUGCAAUAAAUUAUUGAGUAAAUUGAUAAAAUGAAUAUUAGAAAAUGAAGGAAAUGUACUUUAUUUAUAAGAUCCACUUACUGUUGUAGGUGAUAUUCAUGGGUAUUUGUAUUAUUAAAUGAAGACAAUAUUAUGAUUUGUUAAAAUUACUUGAACCAAAGGUUGGAGGAAAUCCUGAAACAACUAAGUAAAAGAAUAUCGUCAAUAAUUUUUAGAUAUUUAUUUCUCGGAGAUUUCGUUGAUAGAGGAUCAUAUUCAAUUGAAGUAGUCAUUUUACUUUAUGCAAUAAAAAUAAAUUAUCCAAAUACUGUAUACUUUUUACGUGGGAAUCACGAAUGCAGAUAACUGACAGCGUUUUUUAAUUUUAAAGAUGAAUGUAUAUAUUUUAAUAUAAGCUUUAGGUUUGUAUAAAUAUGAUUAAGAAACUUAUGAGAUGCUUAUGGAUUCUUUUGAUUUAUUUCCAUUAGCAUGCAUAAUCAAUUCAAAAUUUAUAGCUGUUCAUGGUGGUAUAUCACCUGAUUUAAAAUCUGUAACUCAUUUUACUAACAUAAAAGAUAGAAGACUUAAAAAAACUAGACAGAUAUCAUGAACCACCUAGAAGUGGAUUGUUUUGUGAUAUUCUGUGGAGUGAUCCUGUAGAUUAAGAUUAAGGAAAUAUGGAUGGGUAAUGGAAAGGUAAUGAAGUAAGAGGAUGCAGUUGGUUUUUUGGUAUUGAAGCUAGCAAUAAAUUUCUAUAAAGAAAUAAUCUAAUAAGCAUAAUAAGAGCUCAUGAAGUUUCAUUUAUUUAAUAUAAUCAUAGGCUCAACUUGAUGGUUAUAAAAUGCACAGAUGGAAUGGAGGUCAAGAUUUUCCAGUUGUUAUCACAAUAUUUAGUGCUCCAAAUUAUUGUGAUGUUUAUAAUAAUAGAGGAGCUGUUAUUAAAUUUGAAGUAUAUCUACUUUUAUCAUAAAUUUAGAAUAAUACUUUGAAUAUACAAUAAUUUUAGUAUACUCCUCAUCCAUAUUUACUACCAAAUUUUAUGGAUAUCUUUACAUGGUCCAUUCCAUUUGUAGCAGAAAAAAUUACAGAAAUGUUAUAUAAUUUAAUUUAAGCAGGAGAUUAAGGUGAUGAUGAUGAUGAUGUUAAAUAAGAAGAUAUUGAACAGUUUAAAAUCUUAACUUAAUAAAAUAAAUAAUUCAAUAAGUAAUAAUCUACUUCCAGUACUGGUAGUACAGGAAAAAGUAUGUUUAUUCUUAAUAUUAGGCACUGAGAAAUUAAAAAACAAAUUAAAGUUUGUAGCAACAAUGAUGAAAAUGUAAAAAACACUUAGAGAAUAAAGUGAAAGUAUUAUGAAAUUAAAAGGUGCAUGUCCUGAUAAAAGAUUACCUAAAGGAAUAUUAUCAGCUGGUAAAACAGCAAUUACUGAUGGUAUCAAUAUUAUUUUAUAUAUUUAUUAAGCUCUUGCUGAUUUUAAUAUAGCAAAAACAGCUGACAUAGUUAAUGAGAAAAUGCCAUCAUAAGCUUAAAUACCUUAAUAAUCUGUAUCAAUAAAGAAACCAAGUAAUACUGUCUAAAAUAAAAAGAAAUGAAA